AUGGCCUUCGUUCGCGUCGAGAGCGCCGAGGUCGAGCGCAAGGCCUACGAGACGCUGCGCGACCGAAUGCAGUUCAAGGCCGGCGAGCACCACCCGCUGAGCGACGACGCAGCCAAUCCAUGGAACCAAGCGUUCGAGGACGAGCCGCUCGUGCGCGAGAUCAAGACGGACCUCGACCGCCUGUACCCGCAAGGCCGCGAACUGUACUUCCAGGAGCGUCCGGCGUACAUGGCCAUUCUGCGCAACGUGCUCUUUGUGUGGUGCAAGACGCACCCGGCGGUCGGCUACCGACAGGGCAUGCACGACCUCGCGGCCGUCGUUCUGUACGCCGUCGUGCAUGCAGCGGCCAAGCAAGUGGAGGAAGACACGCUCGACGAGUUUACCGAGCACGACGUCUUCAUCCUCUUUGCUGCGCUCAUGGGGCCCAUGGAACCGCUCUACGCCGUGCACCAGACGUCUUCGGCGCGCGACGACGCCGUGUCCGAGACGACCGCCGACAGCUUGUUUCGGUCGGCGACACCGAGCGCACUCGCGCCGCUCUCGCAGCUUCAGACGCUCUGCCAGUAUAUCCAGUACGACCUUUUGGCCAAGCACGACCCGCAGCUCGCGUGCCACCUCCGGGACGUGGACGUGCUUCCUGAAACGUACUGCUUGCGCUGGACGCGACUGCUGCUCGCGCGCGAGUUUCCGCUCGACGACAUCGUCCGCGUCUGGGAUGCCAUGCUCGAACACGAGUCGACCUGCGAUGUGUCGUCGUCUCCCAUUGGCUUUGCCUUGCUCCCGUACCUCUGCGUUGCGAUUUUAAUCCAUUUUUCCAAGACACUGCGCGGAACCGACAACACGGGUUGUCUCCAGCUGCUCAUGCGCCCCGCCGAGCUCAGUGCGGCCGAGAUCAUUGACAGCGCCAUACUCCUCUUGGACCCAUUCCGCGAGGCGCAUCACGAAGACAUGGACAUCGUCGAGUUUGGCGCCGGGUCGCUGGGCGUUGUCUUGACCGCAGCGCAAGCCCCGUUCGAGAACCGCCUCGCGGUCAAAGAAUUCAAGCCGAUUGCGUCAUCGGGGGCGUCUAUGGGGCCCGCCGAGGCGUCGGGCGUCGUCCGCGUCGGCGACCUCGUCGAGUCGGUCAACGGCGUCAAGAUCUACGACAUGACCACCGACGACAUCCGCAAGCACAUUGCGCUCCUCCCGCGGCCGCUGGUCAUGUCGUUUUUGCAUGUUGAAGACGCUCUGCCGUCCGCAGAUGCAUCGGCGAUCGACGACUUGAGUUCGUUUGGCGUCGUCCCGGACUUUCUCCCGGGCGAACAGUGCUACGCCCACGUCGAGACGUCCAUGUACGCACCGGUCUUCCACCCGCCGUCCGGCACGUGCGCGUCCCACUACAUUGCUGGUCGCCUCUUCUUGACCAACUACCGGUGCAUGUUCCAGCCCGAGGCCGGCGCGUCGUCGCGUUGGGAGAUGCCCGUGCUCUCGAUCGCGUCGAUUCUCGCCGAGUCGUCGCUGGUCGAGUCCGGCACGCACCACGUGGCGGUCGUGCCGGCCUCGCACACGCUCGGCGUUGUUUGCAAGGACACGCAGAGCGUCCGGUUCACCUUUCGCAACCACGCCGAGUACGCGCGCAUGUUCAAAUGCCUCACGGUGCUAGCGUACCCCGCGUCGCUGACGGAUGCGUUUUGCUUUGUCUACCGCCCGCUCUUGCUACCGGCGAAGCUGCUGCCGCCGUUUGAUAUUCGCGACGACUACAAGCGCCUCGGGCUCCUCGGGCCGCGCUUCCGCUGCAUUGACCAGGCCUACUUGCUCUGCGACACGUAUCCCCGGUACCUCGUCGUGCCGGUCGCCAUGUCGGACGUCAAGCUCCAGGCCGCCGCUGCGUUCCGGUCGAGCCGACGCCUUCCCGCCGUGUGCUGGCAGCACCCGACGAAUGGCGCGGUGAUUUGCCGCUCGUCGCAACCACUUGUCGGACUCAAGUCGGCGCGAUCGAGUGAUGACGAAGACCUCGUUCGGCUGCUGUGCCAGCCAGAGAACCCGGCCGCCCUCGGCGCGUACCAAAGUCAUCGAUACGUCAUCAUGGACGCGCGCGGGCAGCUCGCUGCCGCGGGCAACAAAGCGAUGGGCAAGGGCACCGAGAGUCCCGGCCAACUACCGCGGCGCCAAAGUCUCGACGGUUCGGGCUGGCUCAAGCACGUGCGACUGGUGCUUCGCGGGUCGUGGGAACUUGCCGAGUACGUGCACAGCGGCGUGUCGGUGCUAACGCACUGCAGCGACGGCUGGGACCGCACGCCGCAAAUGGUAUCGCUGGCUGAGCUCAUGCUGGACCCGUUCUACCGGACGCUGGCUGGCUUUCAGGUGCUAAUCGAGAAGGAGUGGUGCAGCUUUGGGCACCAGUUUGGCUUGCGCUGUGGCCAUGCGCGCAGCGACGUCUCGAACGAGCAGCGGUCGCCGAUCUUUCUUCUCUGGCUCGACUGCGUCUGGCAGAUCAUGCGCCAGUUUGAGACUGAGUGCGAGUUCAAUGAGAGCUGCCUCCUCCUCCUCGCCGACCACGUGUACUCGUGCAAGUAUGGUAACUUUAUGUUCGACUCGGAGAAGGCGCGACUCGAGUGCGCCAAGCACCACGCCGCCGCCAACAUCUGGGCCGACAUUCACGCGUCGCGGGACAAGUUUGUCAACCCACAAUUUGCGCCCCAGCGCACGCUCCUCUUUCCAAGCACGACGUGGAAGAAUAUCAAGCUCUGGAAGGCGUACUUUGCUCGCUUCGACCCGACAUUUGUGCCGCCCGUGGCCAAACUCCAGUUUUACUGA